AACAAAACCGAACUAUCACUCUUAAUUACCAACAAAUAGCCAAAAAACUCCAAGCCUACGAAGAAUUAGAAGCUGCAGUCCAAGAAAGACUAGCUCGUCAAGCCCAAAUUGCUAGUCCCCAAGACCGCAAACUUAGUGAACAAGAAGAAACCAUUGCCUUACAAAAUGCGUUGAUAGCCAAAAAAUCUAUCGACAUUAAAGACCUUAAAGAAACCAUUCGUAUACUAACUAAUUCUUUCCAAAAUCUUCACGAACGCAAAGAGGAAUUAGAAGCCGAAAUCAGAGACUGCUCUGAUCAACUUCAAAGAAAAGAAAGCAAGUUAAAAGAACUAAACUCUAAUUACCAAUUGCUCAAAAAAGAACAGGAGAAAAUCUCCGAAGAAUUAACAGCUCAAAAAGAAAAUUAUUCUGAAUUAAAAAACCAGUUAGAAAAAACCAGUAUUUCUCUGGCGAAAACUCAAACUGACCUAAGUAAUUACCGGGAAAGAUUUUCACUGUUAGAAAAUGAAAAGAACCAACUCAAUCAAACUUUAACUAGUCGAAAUCAAGAAUUAACAGAACUAAAUUUCUCCUUUGAAACAGUUUGUUUGCUAGUUGAUCUCCCUCCCAUUCCCCAAAAUAAUCCAGGCGAAAACACUCCAGAAGAAAGAAUGCUCUUACAAAGAUUAGCUAAGUUAGGUAUUGGUUCUGAUGACUGA